AUGGCGAGGUUUAAAGGAAUUAGGUUAACUCUAUUUAUACUAUAUUAUAAACUUAUAAUAUUAAUAUAUAAUACUGCCUAUAAUAAAAGUAUAAAGCUUAUAUUAAUAUAUAUUAAUUUUAAAUUUAUAUUAAAAACCUAUUAA